AUGAAGUAUUAUGAAAGUACAAGGAUUUGCAAUUUGCAUUUUCAAGAAUCAGAUUAUGAUUCAACAACAAGGCGCUUAAAACCAACAGCAGUUCCUACUGCUAUAACAAAUCAAGAAACAGUAUCACCAGGCAAGACAACAAGUGCAUUACAUGAAGAGUCUAUUGUGCAAAUAGCUGCUCUGGCUGUACCAAGCACUAGUUCUGACAUUUAUGAAAGUAGUUCUGCACUUAAGGAAACAGGAGUGAAACAUACUACCAAACUAGUAAAAAACAAUGUCGAAAAAUUCUUGAAAAUUUAUGCAAUCUUAACAAGUUACCUGUAA